AUGGCGUCUUCACUUUCGCCCUUACAACUCACUCUUCUCUCUCCGUCGCUGUCAACGUUACCCUCACUUCAACUAGCUUCUCUCUCUUCCCGCCAUAACACCUGUACAUUCUCAACGACCUGGUGCAUAUUCAAACCAUCGUUUCACUCCAAAACCUGUCAGAUUUUUCCGAAGAGUGCCGAUUCAAAUCGAUCUGUAACGGUCAGAUCUCAUUUGAAAUUUCCUCUAGUCUCACCGCAAGACCACUGGGGUACAUGGGCUGCUCUCUUCGCCACCGGCGCUUUCGGUCUCUGGUCGGAGAAGACCAAGAUUGGGAGCAUGGUAAGUGCUGCAUUGGUGAGUACUUUGGUUGCGCUUGCUGCCAGUAACAUGGGGAUUGUUCCUUAUGCAGCACCUGCAUACUCAAUUGUGUUGGAAUAUCUGCUACCAUUAACUAUUCCGUUGCUGUUGUUUAGAGCAGACCUGAGGCAUGUGAUAGAGUCAACAGGCACUCUGCUCUUGGCCUUCUUGCUUGGAUCAGUUGGGACUAUAGUUGGAACUGUAGUGGCGUUCCUGAUAGUACCUAUGCGAUCACUUGGUCAAGAUAGUUGGAAAAUAGCUGCUGCUCUCAUGGGUAGUUAUAUUGGAGGAGCUCUAAAUUAUGUUGCAAUCUCAGAGGCGCUUGGUGUUUCUCCAUCAGUUUUGGCUGCAGGUGUUACUGUGGAUAAUGUCAUUUGUGCUAUAUACUUUAUUGUAUUGUUUGCAUUAGGCUCCAAACUACCUUUGGAAGCUUCAACAUCAACAAUUAAUACUACCACCACAGAUAUUGAGUCUGAUUCUCAAAGCAAGGUCUCUGUGCUACAGACUGCUACAGCUCUUGCUGUUUCCUUUGUUAUCUGCAAAGCUGCCACCGGUCUUACCAAUUUGCUUGGAAUUCAAGGAGCUGAUCUUCCUGCAGUUACUGCAAUUGUUGUGGUUUUAGCAACUUUGCUUCCUACACAUUUUCGCGACCUUGCCUCUGCUGGUGAGGUUAUUGCUGUAGUCUUGAUGCAGGUAUUUUUUGCUGUAGUGGGUGCCAGUGGGAGCAUAUGGAAUGUCAUCAACACGGCGCCUAGUAUUUUUAUGUUUGCUUUUGUUCAAGUAACCGUCCAUCUGAUUGUGAUCCUUGGAUUGGGAAAGCUCUUCCGACUUGAUCUAAGGCUGUUACUUUUGGCAUCAAAUGCUAAUGUCGGAGGCCCAACAACAGCAUGUGGAAUGGCCACAGCCAAAGGAUGGGGUUCUUUGGUAGUUCCUGCCAUUCUUGCAGGGAUAUUUGGAAUUUCCAUUGCAACAUUCCUUGGCAUUGGUUUUGGAGUACUUGUUCUUAAACACAUGUAG